UGGAAAGUAAGUGUUCAUUAGGCUUUUAUAGCCAAGUAACAGGCCAAAGUAUGCAAGUUUAAUGAAUCGCUAUAUGGGAGAUAUUUUUGACAAUUUGAAGGUAACUUAUGAAUCGGGUGAGUAUUUAAAAUUCAAUGUAAAUUUUUUAAAAUUUGUUUGUGAUCUUUGGGCUUAUCAAGUUAUUGUCUUUGUCUCUUUGAUUGUCUAUGGACUUUAAAAAUAUUUCUUGUGCUUUUUUUUCCUAACUAGCAGUUUGGAAACUUCUUUGCGUAAGUUAUGGCUGAUUUGAAACAGGAUGAUGAUCAAAAUCAGUGCGUAAAACCGAUUGGCGAAAGAUGGCCUCCCCUCGGUGCUCCUUCUAGUGAACUUAAACAAGAAACUUACGAAAGGACAAGUCGAAAUGAACUUGGAACAUUAAAAAAGCUUGAAGAAGAACAUGAGCAAUUAAAUUCAUCUUUGCUUGCUUUAACAUCACAUUUUGCUCAGGUUCAGUUUCGGCUCAAACAAGUUGUAGCUGCCCCCAAGAUAGAGCAAGAAAAAAUGUUGGAAAGUCUUGAGAAGUUUGCAUUUGAAGGAAUCCCAGAUGUACAUGGGGCAAAACCCACAACAAAACAUGGACGUAGAACUUCUACAAAAACGUUUGGGAAGAAGUUUCACAAUCAAAAACAACAACAAGAAACAUUAAUUACGCAGUUAAAAAAACAAUUGGAGGAAAUGGAGGCUACUGUUGUUAAGGGAGCUAGCACAAGUACAGAUAGUCCACAAAAAAUGAUUGAAAAACAAAAAAUAUUACUGUCACAACUGAGUGCUCAAGAAAGUAGUCUAAAAAGAGAAAAGGAUGUAAUGAAUGAUUCAAUUCCAAAGGAGAAGGUUAUUGAACAAAUCACAAAGCAGAUAAUGGAUUUGGAAAAAUUUAUUAAACUUCUACGAGGGGAGACUGGUUUGAGUCCAACAAGAUUCUCUCGAUGUACAAAGUGUUCAUAUGAACAUGAACAAAGAGAAGGAUCCAUGUCUCGUAUGGCUGGUAAACAAAAAACAAGAAAAAAUGAUUUACAAACUGCUUUAAAGAAUUCACCAUUACUAAAUAAUCGCAAAACACCUUCAACGUCAAGCAAGACACCAGUUGAGAAUCUCAGUGAUAGGCUUAGAGUUGAUUACACUGUGGAUAACUUUGGGAUAGCAGAGGAUAAUGAAUCUGAUAGCGAGGUCGCAUGUUGCAUACUACCAAAGCAUGCCCACGUUGCUGGGCAACCAGUCAUACGUGGAGAAUCUGAAGAAACUGGGGAGAGUAGUCAGCGAAUAAAGGAAGCUAGUUUGGAGAAUAAAAGAGCAUUGGCAAUCUUGCAGAUUUUUGCUAUCAGUCAGUUUGGAUGUGCUGGACAACAUUUUCAAGAGCAAGUAUUUCAAAAAGCAAUGCAGACACCCUAUCCACCAUUCGAAAAUCUCAUUCGCAAUUUACGGACCUCUGUCGAGAAUGUACUAACACAACAAGCUAAAGUGCUUCAAGAAAUAGGUGUAUAUUCACAAGUAGGAAACACAGAGACAAUGUCGCGUAGAUCUCGAAGUUCAUCUGUUUGUUCCUUAGCAUCCACGAUGUCUUCUCUUGGUGAUGGUCAUGGCGAAUUCACUCAGGCUGAAGCAGAAUUGAUACGAAUUGUCAGACGAGAUUUUUCAAAUUGUCUAAGUAACCUAUUGGAACAUGGCUUAGAGAGAAAUGCAGAUUUUUCUUUAAUUUCUCCUCGAAGUUUUGCCAAGUGUAUCAUGCCAUCUGUCUCUACACAGCGACAUAAGUUACAUGCUUGGGAUAUAUUUAUGGAAUUUUAUCAUUUAAAACACGGUAACGAGUAUAACUCUGCGGUACCUCGAAAGCUUUCUGAGUCGUUUGGCAUUGAUGUCUCUGGUGCUACGGCUGUUACGUCGAAACAGACGCUAUUAAGAACAAUCCACUUCGUUAAAUCAACUCAUGACCGUUGUAAACGAAGCAAAGAAUCUAUGUUUCGUGCUUUGGUAUCAGCUGGUCUGAACCAGAAGAAACUGUCGCUAUGGUGUCGACAGAUAGUAAAAUGUGGUAAUUUAGUUGACGUGUUUUAUCAACCAUGGUCUUGCGUCGUAAAAACAGGAUUAAAAGAUGCGUUGGAUAUUGUAGAAAGAUUAACUCCUUUGGAUUUUUGUCUCCCUGAAGAUUUAGCCAUCAGACAUUUGAUGAGAGCAAACGAUGCGUUUGGAGACAGCUAUUAAGUUGGUCCUCAGUCCUUAAGGUUCCACCCAAGGUUCGUCCAUUGCCUGAAAAAGCAGUUCGACCUUGGGAGGGGUUGCGAUGACGUAAUGCGCCACUAAACGAGCCCAUACUCUCGUCUUGUGGACGACGCAGUGGUGAUGAGAUAGCAUUAUGGGUAAGAGUUUUAGCACGGGACAUAGUCUUAGUGUCUAAAGGUUGUACUGGUACGUGUUCUGAUUCCAGACAAAUCUCCAACUUGUCUUCUUUUUCAUUGUACACAAACGUCUAAAAAGGAAUUACUCUUAAGAUAUUUUACAAGAUAGAGUAAUAUUUUGACAGCAUCGAACGUUUUUCAAGCAGUUGCACUACGUUUUCUUAAUAGUUAUUACACUGAAGCCUUCGAUGGUUAAAAUAACGUAUAUAUGUGAGCAUAUGUGAACAUUAUAUUUAGCAGUAUAUAUUUCUUCGUGAUACCUUUCCUGGAAUUCCUGGUAUCGUCAAAUGCAUGUCGUCUUUAAGUGGACCAAGUUUUUUUACGACUUGAUCGUAAAUCUGCCCACCACGUGUGAACAGUUCUGGUUUCGUGUUCACUUGUUCCCAUUUGUCAAACUCCAAUUUUCCUUGCAAUAAAUUUAGCAAAGAUGAUGCAAAUUCCUUGCGAGCCAUCUCUGUAAAAUGCGAAUAAACAAACGCAAGUUUAUGAAAUGCAAAAUAAAAACUAUGUGUUUAAAGUACACAUUAAAGUUACUAUGAUUUUUCAAA